AUGAAACCCCAAAAGAACCGUCUGUUAGUGACGACAGAAUUUCUGGGGUUUCUCUUCCUUAUUGCGCAGUUCACCUCCCUGCUGGUUCAAGGCGACGUGCAUUACUAUGAUUUCGUUGUAAGGGAGAAAGAGUUCACAAAACUUUGUGUCACGAAGAGCAUUUUAGUAGUAAAUGACAGUUUUCCAGGUCCAGAGAUACGGGUUCACAAAGGGGAUACAGUUUUCGUUAAUGUUCAUAACCAAGGAUAUUAUGGUUUCACUAUUCACUGGCAUGGAAUAAAGCAACCAAGAAAUCCUUGGUCAGAUGGUCCAGAGUACAUUACACAGUGUCCAAUCGCUCCCGGAACAAAUUUCACCUAUGAAGUCCAGUUAUCCGAUGAAGAAGGAACUCUAUGGUGGCAUGCUCAUAGUGACUGGACCAGAGCCACAGUUCAUGGUGCUAUUGUCAUCUUGCCCGCUGUUGGAACCACAUUUCCAUUCCCUCAACAACCAGAUGAAGAUGAGACGACGCUUAUAAUCGCAUCCUGGUACUUUGGAGAUAUAAAAGAACUUGUGGAUGUGGCCAUGGAAGUCGGUGGCGACUUGCCCCAUUCAGAUGCAUAUACGAUAAAUGGCGAACCAGGAGAUCUUUGUGAAUGCUCUAAAGAAACAACGUACCGCCGGAUGGUGGAUUACGGGAAGACCUAUUUGCUUCGUAUAGUCAAUGCAAAUAUUAAUGCAGAACACUUCUUUGCGGUUGGUGGCCACAACCUCACUGUGGUUGGACUAGAUGGAGCCUAUAUAAAACCCAUAAACACAGGUUACAUAGUUAUAAGCCCUGGACAAGCCAUGGAUGUCUUGCUCGAAGCAAACCAAGCUCCUGGCCAAUACUAUAUGGCUGCUAGACAAUACUCGAGUGAGGAUGCAGCAGUCGUCGACUUUGAUCAUGUCAAUGUUACUGCAAUCCUUGCAUAUACAGGCAACUAUACAUAUCAACCUCCUUUAUAUCCUACCACUCUUCCGAUGUACUUGGACUACCCAGCUGCAGUCGAAUUCAUUCUCCGAAUUAAGAGCUUGGCAACUCCAGAAUACCCUAUAAGUGUGCCACUAAAUGUUACAACUUCAAUGUUUAUAGUGGUUUCCAUGAACGAACUUCCUUGUAAACAUUCAGGCUGUAAAACGGAUAUGGAAAUGACUUCAAGCUUGAAUAAUAUUAGCUUUGCGUUCCCACUCAAUACCACAGAUGUCCUUCAAGCCUACUACAGGAACAUAAGUGGAGUGUACACGACAGAUUUUCCAGACCAGCCAACUCAGUAUUAUAACUUCACAGACGAAACUUUUGAAGAAGAUAUCUUAUUCACCGUGCAAGGGACGAAGGUGAAGAUGCUGGAUUAUAACGAGACAGUUCAGAUUGUGUUUCAAGGGACCGAUGUUAUGAAAAGCUCUGUGAAUCAUCCAAUGCAUAUGCACGGAUACAGUUUCUACGUGGUCGGAUUUGGUUUUGGAAAUCAUGACAAUGAGAUUGAUCCAAAAGGAUUUAAUUUGGUUGAUCCUCCUCAAGUAGUUACCUUUGGAGUUCCCAAAAAUGGCUGGUUAGCAAUUAGAUUCACAGCAAAUAAUCCUGGGGUAUGGUUUUGGCAUUGUCAUUUUGAGAGACACUUGAGUUGGGGAAUGAACACUGCAUUCAUAGUCAAGGACGGUGGCACUGUUGAAACUAGCAUGCGACAACCCCCAGCUUAUAUGCCUCCAUGUAAUGUUCAAUUCAAUUCUCGUAUCAAAAUCAAUUCAACAGAAGGAGUAAAUAAAAUAAUUUGA